AUGGCACCGCGUUUGGGGAUCUUUCUGAUUUGGGCUGGCGCGUCUGUAUUUCUACAACUGGACCCUGUGAAUGGAGAUCAGCAGCUGUCUGAGAACACCACUGUUUCUUUCGCAGUUACUCCAGGUAAUGGAUGUGUUUUCCCAUUCAUCUAUGGAGGGAAAACGUAUUUUGAUUGCGCUAUCCGUGGUUCCAUAUUCCGUUGGUGUGCUCUAAAUGUGGAUUAUAUAGGAAGAUGGAAAUACUGUACUAGGAAAGACCAUGCCAAACGUACCUUUCCCUUUAUCUAUUGAGGCAAAAUAUACGAAAGUUGCACAAAAACUAGGAGUAUUUUUUGGAGGCGUUGGUGCUCACUCUCUCCAAACUUGGACCAGGAUAGAGCUUGGAGGUAUUGCUAG